CGUCACAGGCGCUCUGCUCUGUGAUUGGCUGCUGAGUGCAGGUUCCUGAUGUGUCGCUCAAGCAGCUGGAGUUUCGGAUGUGUUUGCAUCUGUUCAUGAUAAACGAUCGCGCACAGUGGAACCAGACCCCACAGACACACUCCGAACCGAAACCAGCUCCAGACGAUGGCUCAGUGUGCAGCAGCGGCGGCGGCGGCGGCGGCGGCCAGUGGUGAUGCGAACGGAGACAGCCAGACGAAGAGGAAAGUGGCCAUCAUUACAGGCAUUACCGGUCAGGAUGGGUCCUACCUGGCUGAGUUUCUGCUGGCUAAAGGUUAUGAGGUUCAUGGUAUCCUCCGCAGGUCCAGUUCUUUUAACACGGGCCGGAUUGAGCACCUUUAUCAUAACCCUCAAACGCACACAGAAGGAAGCAAUGGAUCCGCUAAGGGUUACAUGAAGUUGCACUAUGGAGACUUGACUGACAGCACGUGCUUGGUAAAGAUUAUCAAUGAAGUCAAACCCACUGAAAUAUACAACCUUGGAGCACAGAGUCACGUCAAG